AUGGUAGUACUUACGACAGAUGUGAUUGUAGCAUUAGCAGUAAUUGCAGUUGUCCUGAUUCUGAUUCUACUUAUUCUUUUGAUCUGUUGUUUAUGCCGUAAAUGCGAUCAAUGUGCGCGAUGGUCACGACGUAAAGCAAACGAUCAAGAGGAUGCGAGACGAGCAGCGGAACUUGCUGAUUCUCGCCGUGAAUUCAAUGAAAUCCGACAACAACACGAAGUGGUGCGCGAUCAACUCCGAGUGAAAUAUAAUCUUAAUGGUGGCAAUUCUAACGCUGAAGUUAUUCCAUAA